UAAACCAUUUUCAUUAUUUCUACAGGGCACAAAUAUCAUUAGCAUGGCAGCAAGAGCACCUCACCUGACACCUGCUUCUCACAAGCGUAAAGGUGAGAAACCCUACAGGUGUGAGGAGUGCAGCAGGCAGUUCGUCAGGCUGGGUUCGUUGAAGACCCACAUGCGGACUCACACUGGUGAGAAACCCUACAGGUGUGAGGAGUGCAGCAAACAGUUCAAUGAGCUGGGUCCUCUGAAGGCCCACAUACGGACUCACACUGGUGAAAAACCGUACAAGUGUGAGGAGUGCAGCAGGCAGUUUACUACGCUGGGUGGUCUGCGGAAUCAUAUAGGAACUCACACUGGUGAGAAACCGUUCAAGUGUGAGGAGUGCAGCAAACAGUUUAGAAGGCUGGGUCAUCUGAAAGAUCACAUGCGAACUCACACUGGUGAGAAACCGUACAGUUGCGAGAAGUGCAGUAAGCAGUUCAGUCAGCUGGAUCAUCUGAAGAGACACAUGCGGACUCACACCGAUGAGAAACCCUACCGGUGUGAGGAGUGCAGCAGACAGUUCAGUGAGCUGGGUCAUCUAAAGCAACACAUGCGGACUCACACUGGUGAGAAACCCUACAGGUGUGAGGAGUGCAACAGCCAGUUUAGAACGUCGAGUGUUCUGAAGGUACACAUGCGGACUCACACUGGCGAGAAACCGUACACGUGUGAGGAGUGCAACAACCAGUUUAGUCAGCUGGGUAAUCUGAAAAUGCACAUGCGGACUCACACUGGUGAGAAACCCUACAGGUGUGAGGAGUGUAGUAGACAGUUCAGUCAGCUGGGUCAUCUGAAGACUCACAUACGGACUCACACUGGUGAGAGACCCUACAGGUGUAAGGAGUGCAACAAACAGUUUACUACGCUAAGUAAACUGAAGAUACAUAUGAGAACUCACACUGGAGAGAAACCCUACAGGUGUGAGGAGUGCAGCAAACAGUUUAGUCAGCUGAGUCAUCUGAAGACACAUAUGACAACCCACGCUGGUGAGAAACCCUACGGGUGUGAGGAGUGCAGCAGGCAGUUCAGUCGGCUGGGUCAUCUGAAGACACAUAUUAGAACUCACACUGGUGAGAAACCCUACAGGUGUGAGGAGUGCAGCAAACGGUUCAGUAGGCUGGGUCAUCUGAAGACCCACAUACGAAUGCACAACGGUGAGAAGCCCUACAGGUGUGAGGAGUGCAGCAAACAGUUUAGUCAGCUGAGUCAUCUGAAGACACAUAUGACGACCCACGCUGGUGAGAAACCCUACAGGUGUGAGGAGUGUAGUAGACAGUUCAGUCAGCUUGCUCAUCUGAAGACUCACAUGCGGACUCACACUGGUGAGAAACCCUACAAGUGUGAGGAGUGCAGCAAACAAUUUAGUACGCUGGUUUCUCUGACGAGACAUAUUCGAACUCACACUGGUGAGAAACCCUACAGAUGUGAGGAGUGCAGCAGACAGUUCAGUCAGCUGGGUGAUCUGAAGAAACAUAUUAGAACUCACACUGGUGAGAAACCCUACAGGUGUGAGGAGUGCAGCAAACAGUUCAGUCAGCUGGGUCAUCUGAAGAGACAUAUUAGAACUCACACUGGUGAGAAACCCUACAGAUAUGAGGAGUGCAGCAAACAGUUUACCAAGCUGGGUCAUUUGCAGACGCACAUGAUAACUCAUACUGGAGAUAAACCUUACAGGUGUGAGGAGUGUAGUAGACAGUUCAGUCAGCUGGGUCAUCUGAAGACUCACAUACUGACUCACACUGGUGAGAAACCUUACAUGUGUGAGGAGUGCAACAAACAAUUUACUACGCUGAGUAAUCUGAAGAUACAUAUAAGAACUCACACUGGACAGAAACCCUACAGGUGUGAGGAGUGCAACAAACAGUUUAAUACGCUGAGUAAUCUGAAGAUACAUAUUCGAACUCACACUGGUGAGAAACCCUACAGGUGUGAGGAGUGUAACAAACAGUUCAGUCAGCUGAGUCAUCUGAAAACACAUAUGAGGACCCACGUGCACGCUGGUGAGAAACCCUACAGGUGUGAGGAGUGCAGCAAACGGUUCAGUAGGCUGGGUGAUCUGAAGACCCACACACGAACGCACACCGGUGAGAAGCCCUACAGAUGUGAGGAGUGUAGCAGCCAGUUCCGUACGUUGAGUAAUCUAAAGAGACACGUGCGGACUCACACCGGUGAGUAG